GUUCUGUAAAAAGGAAAGAAAGAAAAAAACGAAUUGUAAAUAGGACAAUUUCCUCGUAGAAACUUCUACAAACUGUUUAAUAAUAUUUAUACCAUGUCUACAUUCCAAAGCAGUAAAUCAUGCUGCGAAGGAGUAUUUUAAAGGAGUUACUUUGAGCGUCGUGGCUUGCAUCACACGUUCAAAUUUUAAUCGCCUUGAACUGGAACGUCUCGAGAAACACGUGCACACAUGCAAGGUAAAAGAUACUAGUCAGCUAGCAGAUUCAUCGAAGCUGUGUAGAUACAAGAAAGAAAAACACCGUUUAAUUGGAACGACAAGAACACAAGUUGUCUCUAACUUAGAUCAGCAAACUCUGUGACUGCUGCGUUAGUGAAAUUCAAGUGGGCUUGCUACUAAAAUACUGAUAUUUUCAAUGUUAUUUAACGGGAAUCGCUAAAAUACUUACACGUAUUAAAGUGAAACGAAUAAGAAAUGAAAAUAAGAGAGAUUCUUACACGAGUUUGUCAGUAAAUCUGAAUGAAUCAGAAUCGUUGCUUCGGGUGAUAUGGAAGAACAUUGAAUAUAACUGAUAAAAGGCUACGAAUAAUUUCGAAUCUUGAAAGGACAAUUUUCCAAUGAGGAUUAAGGAGAAUAUAAUGUCUAUAGCCUGAUAUUUUCAGACUCGUCUUGCUUUGGCAGAUGAUCAUACACAUUGACAAUGACGAAAUUUUAUGUAAUAUUUCUUUUAAUAUGUGCGUCUACCGCCGACGUGUCUAAUGAUUGCGACGAUCCUAACUGGCACACGUUGGAAACGUUGGAGAGCGCCAGAUUGGAAUGUGGACCGUUUUUUAAAAAUCGUUGUUACUGUAUGAGAACAUGUUACGAGCACCAUCAUCAAUACGUUGUUAACUGCACUAAUUCGAAGUUUCUUAACACUGAACCACUGGCACACUUACCGAAUGAAACACAAGUGCUAAUUUUUACCGGAAACUAUCUUGAAGAACUUCCAUGGAACGUAUUUGGCACCCUGGAUAGUUUACCUGAUCUAAGAGUAAUCGAUAUGUCCAGGAACAAAAUUCGUGAAAUUCGAGGAAAAGCGUAUCACCACGUUCAACGGGUGGAACGACUGAUUCUAGAUUUUAAUGAAUUAUCCUUGGACCCUGCAAAAAAUCAUCCCAGAGUGUUCUCCAAUUUUGUAUCCCUUUUGGAACUCCACUUAACUGAUGCUUUUGAGGAUGAUCCACCAAAUCUUGCAGCUAUGUUACAUAAUAUUUUUGUGAAUAGUAAUUUAACACAACUGAUAAAAUUACAUUUGGAGCAAAAUGAAAUAUCAGAGUUUCAUGAUUCCAACGUUUUCUGUGAUCUACCAAAUCUUUUGGAUCUCUAUUUAGGUGACAAUGCACUGACUGCUCUGCACUUUAACAUUUCAUGUCUCCGCAAUCUUCGAUUCUUGGAUCUCCAACGAAAUAAAUUUAAGAGAAUUCUUGAACGUGAUUUGCACGCGAUGGACACGAUCGUUAAGCACAAUCAACAGAUAGUGGUGGACUUUACCGGAAAUCCGUUAGAGUGUUCCUGUAAACUCAAUCCAUUUAUUAAAUGGAUGAAGAAGACUAAAGUAUUUGUUCGCAAUAAAAACAAUUUGAAGUGUUAUAAAGGUGAUAUACAUCAUGAACUUCACGAGACAAAAAAUUGCACGCCAAAAUUGUUCUCAUCAGCUUCUCGCAGCGCAACCGCCUUACUAUUCUUUCUUUCAUUAGUGUUGAUAGGCCUUGUAUGCGCUUUAAUAUACCUGCAACGUGCAAAACUACAGAAAAAAAUCGAGCCUAUAUUGGAUUCUGUGAACAAAAGGGUGCGGUACACUUCAAUAGCGACUGGUGAUAAUCGCGAAGAGUUAUAAUCAGUUUCAUUUAAAUAGUUGACUGUUCUUAAACUGUUAAAAAAGUUCCAUUCUUUUAGUAUUUAAAUAAUUUUGUUUGUUUUUAAUAUUAUUAAUAGUCUGAAAUCAAAAAAAUUAAUAAUUACUCGAAAAUUAAAAAAUAAGUAAUAGUUUUCAUACUGUUUAGCUGUAACAUUAACAAGUUAAAUUUGUUAAAUUAGUGAUUAAAGAUAGAGCGUAUGUAAUUUUGAUAAUACGUCUAAUGAUAAAUAAAUGUUAUAUAUUUUGUAUCUA